AUGAGACGUAAAUUUUCUUUAAGAAAUGCUUUAACAUUUAUAAUUUGCGUGAUAGUUAUUUUAACAAUAACGGGAUUUUUGCACACCGUUUUAUAUCCACACUCGACACGAAAUAAAACCAAAGCCUGUAAUGAUAUUUGGAGGUGUGGUGAUUAUGGUGUUAAAACAUUAAACAUUUCAAAAACAUAUCCAGAGGAUAAUGUAAACAAUGCGCUCCAACGAAAGGAAGUGGUCGAGGAUUACACUUUACAUAAUCUCUUGGAUCCUAAGGAGCAGUUUGAUAAUCACCUUAUGAAAUUUGGAGAAAAUGAAAAGUUAAAGGUAAUCCUUCUGUUCAACAAACCAGGCUUCGAGAACGAGACUACAACUAAUGAAAAGUUUAAGACCUGCGAGUACAAUAACUGCCGGAUGACAAGUAAUAAAAGAUUAUUGAACACUGCUGAUGCAAUUUUAUUUGAUAUAUGUAACAGUGAUAUGGGAACUGAACCGCCGAUUGACAAGCAGAGCAGGAAUCCUAAUCAGGCAUGGAUAUUCAAAUGCGGUGAAACGCCAAUACACCAUUGGUUUGAUGAUUAUAAAUCAAACGCCUGGCAUAAUACAAUGAAUUGGUCAAUAUCGUAUAGAAUCGAUUCAGAUAUGCCUCAUCCUUAUGGAUAUCUAAAGACUCGGACAUUCCCAAGACAAUUUGACUACGAAUCUAUUUACAGAUCUAAAACAAAAACCGCCCUGUGGGUUGUUAGCAACUGCAAUACACAAAGUGCACGUGAUCAGUAUGUCGCUGAACUUCAGAGGUAUGGAGUAGAUGUUGAUGUUUACGGAAAAUGCGGAUCUAACGAAAACAUUGAUAACGAAACGUUAAAUCGAAUAAUACCAAAAUACAAAUUUUACCUGGGAUUUGAGAAUUCUUUAUGCAACGAUUAUAUCACGGAAAAGUUUUUCUUUUAUUACGACUUUAACUGGAUUGUUGUGGUUCAAGGUGGUGCGGACUAUGAUCGUCUGCUACCGACCAAAAGUUAUAUUAAUACUGCCCACUUCUCAAAUGUGUCACUACUGGCCGACUACCUUUUGAAUCUUGGAAAUGACAAAGACAGAUAUAUCGACUUUUUGCGAAAAAAAGAUCGUUAUGAACAAAAGUACGAAUAUGGUCAUAAAUAUAGCAUAUGUGAAAUGUGUAGAAGGCUAAACAAGGUAUCAGCGUUCCGGAAGACUUACAACAAUAUUCAGGACUAUCUUGAAAACGGACAGUGCCGAAUGCCUACAGAUGUUCAGUCUGUAUCAAAACCAUCAGCAUUUCUGAAUUAUGAACGCGUUUUCAGUUAGAGCAGAUAUAUGUUAAGUGAUAGAUAACAUAUUGCUUAUUUUCAAUGUAGAAUUUGUGUUUAGCAGGUCUGUGUACACUAGAAAAAAUUUCUUUAUAACAUAUGGGGUAUAUUUCAAAAUAGCUGCCCACUUAAUUUUCUCAUCGCACAAACCAGUUUUGCUAUGUGAAAACAUUUGAGUAAAAUAAAAAACUAGGUUUUAAAAUCGGUUGUAGAAAUAUAGCGGUGUGCGUAAUCAUGGCAGCGUCUGAUGAAACUGGUCAGGUUCGAAAAAAAAAAUUAAUUCAGAUUUUAAAAAAUGGUUUUCAUUGAAAACAGCUAAAUAUUUUGCAACGAAGCUUGGCAGACGGUACAAUUACAUCAUUAUUUAUAAUAUGAUAGAUUGCUUUCUAAAUAACUAAAAUUUGUCACGUGCCUAGUCAUUAUUCUAUUUUUUUAAAGAUAUCGUCUUAAAAAUUACAUUAUUGCAUUAUCUGAUAUUUCUACUCAUUUUAUGCAAAAUCCUUUAAUCCAACUUACAGAAAGAAAUGCCAUAUUCAUUGUUACCCAUUUAAUUUGUCUUUUCUUUCAUAUUUGAUUUCCGUACAUUUAAGAAAUAUUUUAAUCGGUCACUUUAAAAUAGAAAAUAUUUAUUUCAGAGGUCGCAUGCUUCAUUUGUAUUUAUCAUGAGUGUGCGACAUUUUUUGUAUUUUGGUGAAUGCUGCAAAAUGAUCACUUGCAGGCUAAGAUCAUUUUACAUGUAAGAGUUAUUGCAUACUGUUACAGUAUUAAAAUUUUAAACUUGUCCGUAAAUUACAUGCCUAUUAUAAAACGUCACGGAUUCUGCAGACAGUAAAACAUACACAGUUAUUAUAGUGGAAAAAAACUUAACAUUUAAUUACAAUAUUACUGAGCCAUUUUACUGGAACAUUUUGAUAUGUAAAAUGUUCAAAUUUAUUUAUUGAUAUAUAAAGUAAGUUUGAUAUUCCUUUUGUUGCACAGCGGAAACUGCGUGUGAAAAUGAAUGUUUUAAAAGCUUUUGAAAAUGCCAAUGGGUUUGUCAUACCGUUUCACAUUAAUUAUUAAUGGAAAUGAUACUUUAAGCAACUGUCCUUUCGGCACCAACCCGAGUAUUUGAACGUUUAAUUCGAAUCAGUUUGAUUGGGAAAUGUCUACUUUCAUUCACUUUUGUGGGAUACAUGCACAUUUAGCAAAGGAAUCAAAUUUGGAAUUAAAUUAUGAUAAUAAUCUGCGUAAAUUUUUAUUUUGGGAUGGUCCACUUUUUAUUAUUCUGUUAAUAUCUCGUACUAAGCAAUCAACUUGUCAGGAGAUGUCACCAAGUACAUUUCGUGGUUUGUAUAUAGCCCUGGUGGAAACGAAAGGGAUAAAAGCUGUUUUGAUUGAUAAAAAUAAAGACAUAUGGGUAAAUCUACAUUUACAGCUUUUUGAUAGUUUUUUCACAUAGUAGUAAUUUCAUCCUUUGGAAGAGGCUAUAUUCUACGAAGAAAAUAUCUGUACGUUAAUGUGCGCGUUUAUGUGUGAUCACAGUAAAAGGGUCAGUUUGCAAAAGCAUUGGUUUGUUGUGUAAUGAUGUAACACGAGUGAGUAAGUUGGGUUUUACGGCUAAUCGACAUAAAACGGUCAUAUAUCGCCGAGAAGUUAUAUUGAAAACGCCAAUUGUAAAGCAUAUCUAAAAAUCAUUUAUGUAAAAAUGUAAAGCUUAUCUAAAGCAUAUCUAAAUCAUUUAUGUACAAACGUAAAGCAUAUCUAAAAUCAUUCAUGUAAAAAUGUAUACAUGUAUACAUAUGUGUUAAAAUAUCAGCUGCAAACGUAAUAAUAUUGCAAAAGAUGUGAAUAAAAGUAUGAAAUGU